AUGCGAUUAUUUUUAAAUGAUUUUCGUCAUUGUUCAAAUGUUUUCAUCACUCGUCAGUUUUCGUUAUCGUAUCGAAAUUCCAAUCUUUUUCAAAGUUUGUAUAAUCAUUUUCAAUAUGGAAAAAAAGCGAAGAAAUUGGCAUUGGAACGUGGCAUUGAUCUGAAUAAUUUAACUCCUGAACAACGAAUCAAACUUCAAUCGGUUAUACAACUGAAAAAAACUUUUCGUGUUGUGAAUGUCGUCAUGGCUUUGAUGGCAAUUACAGGAACAGUUAUUUGGUUUAGACGUCGACAAAGUCGAAUUGAAAUAAAUAAAGAAAUAAAUGAAGAAUUUCAACCUAUUUGGAUGGAUUUGAAAUAUUUCAAAGAAAAAUGUGCGUUGAUUAAAAAUUAUUUGUUACCGGAACAAAUCAUUGGAAAAUUAAAUGAAAUUGAACAUUUUCAAUUUAAUUCAAAUGAUUGUAUUUGCGCAUCAUUUCCCAAAUCUGGAACAACAUUAAUUCAGGAAAUUGUUUAUUUAAUACAAACAAAUUUCGAUUAUGAAUCAGCGAAAAAAAUCGAUAUCUCAGAAAGAUUUGCUUUCAUCGAAUGGCCAACUGUGAAAUUACAAAAAUUUCCUCAAAAUCAACAAAGAUUCUUCAAAACUCAUCUUCCGCCCACAUUCUUUAAUGAAUCUUUCACUAAAGCCAAAAUCGUUUAUGUUUAUCGAAAUCCGAAAGAUGUAACUGUGUCAUUAUUUCAUUUUCUGCGUUCCAUCAACAUUGAAUUGACUUAUUCUGGACCGUGGAAUCAGUUUGUUCGAUCUUUUCUCAUCGAUGAAGUUUAUUAUGCACCUUGGUGGAGACAUGUCAAUGAUUAUUAUGCAAUGAAUGACACGAUUUGCUGUAUUUCCUAUGAAGAUUUGCUUAGAGAUUUUCGAGGAAGUGUUCGUCGAUUGGCGAAAUAUUUAGGAAAAGAAAAAGAAUUGACUGAAGAACAAUUGGAUAAAUUGGAAAAAUGGUGUUCGUUCGAUUCAAUGAAGAACAAUCCCAAAGUCAAUUAUGAUUGGUUUAAAGAUUGGGGCUUUGUGAAAAAAUCCUUCUCUUUCUUGAGAAAAGGUCAAAUUGGUGAUUGGUUGAAUCAUUUUGAUGUUCAACAAUCGAAAGAAUAUGAUCAGAUGGUUUCGACACGUCUUUCGCCCUUAAUUCCUCCUUUUAAUUAUGGAAUAUCUCAGGAAGAUCAACAAAAACUUUAUGAUUUCGAUGCCAAACGACAAACAUAG